ACCAUUAGCACCCAAAAGACAAUAAAAUCUCCAAAAAAAAAAAAGAAGAGGAUGAACUCAUCCUAUUUACGAGUAAUAUUACUCUUAGGUGCCAUAAAUCUCUUCGUUUCUAUAUCAACAACCAAAGCUGCAACACUCGGUCAAAUAUUCCAAAUCUGUAAGAAUUUGUGUCCGGGAUGUGACCACGAUUCGUUACAGUUCUUGUUCCGACACAACUUGGUCCGGGCCGCAAGAUUCGAACCUCCUUUGAUAUGGGACCGCAGACUCCAGAACUACGCUCAAAACUGGGCUAAUCAAAGAAGGUCGGAUUGUGCUUUGAGACACUCUUUCCAAAACGGAGAGUUUACCCUCGGCGAGAACAUCUACUGGGGAUACGGCGCCAACUGGUCUCCGGCCGAUGCAGUGGUUGCGUGGGCCAGUGAGAAGAGGUUUUAUCAUUACGGCUCUAACACGUGCGACCCUGGGCAGAUGUGUGGCCAUUACACACAGAUCGUGUGGAAGAACACGAGGAGGGUCGGAUGCGCACGUGUGGUGUGCAACAAUGGUGGGAUCUUCAUGACUUGUAACUAUGAUCCUCCUGGUAACUACAUCGGCCAGAAACCUUAUUGAUCCAUCAUUCAUCUACUAUAUAUAAUUCUCGUUGAUCUUAUUUUUAGAAGUUGUUAUGACUUUUAAAGGAAGUUAGGUGGAUGUAUUGUUGUGUAUUUUACUAGAAAAAUAGAUGUUUUGUGGGGAUUGUGAUACUGGUUAUUUUACAUGAUGGUUGUAAUUGCAUUUACGGUUAUUUAUAUAUAUCCGUAAGAAUGCCCAACAUACAAAAAUUUAUGAAAGAUAA